AUGGAGAGGAGGAGAGGACGAGGUAGUGGUGGAGGAUGGAGAGGUAGACCAUGGAGAGGAGGAUCCGGAGGAGGUUGGAGAGGUGGAGCAGGAAACCAUACCUACAGAGCGCAGAGAGUCCUUUGUCAAACUACUCUUGAUGCAUUGUGUCCGUACAAAGGAUGGACACUCUACUUCACAGAUGGAUUUAUAGAGAGUGGACCUAAUGUGGAGAAAAUCAAAGUGUUUGAGAAAUAUUUCACUUCCAGGAUUCAUCUGUUUGACAAGGAUGAAAUUGAGCGUCAGGGAAGUGUCCUGGUUGAUUAUGCUGACUUGAUUGCAGACAAAACUGUGCGUCAGGCACUUCCUGACAUAGUCACACAACUGAAACAACAACCAGAGGUGAUGCUGAACUGUUUGGGAUUGGCUAUUCACCAGGUGUUGACUCUGGAUUUGGAGAAGCAAGCUGCUGAGCUGCAAGAGGAAGAGUUUCCUGUUGCUACACCAGUCAUCAAUAUUCCCCAUAUUAGUGCGAGGCUCUAUAACUAUGAGCCCCUGACUCCACUGCGAAUGUUACGUGCCAGUGUGUUUGGCCGGCUAGUUUGUGUGAAGGGAACAGUGGUGAGAGUGAGCAGUAUUAGACCGCUAUGCACCAGGUUGGCCUUCAGGUGUCGGACCUGCUCGACCACACUGUCUCUGGCUCUGCAGCAUGGGAAAUACACUACACCUACCAAAUGCGGAAAGCCAGACUGUCGCAGUCAUAUCUUCAUCCCCAUCCGCAAUUCUCCUCUUACACAGACUGUAGACUGGCAGAUCAUCAAGGUGCAGGAGUUGAUAAGUGGAGAGCAGAGGGAGACUGGACGAAUCCCACGGACAGUGGAGUGUCACCUGACCUCUGACCUCUGUGACAGCUGUGUACCUGGAGACACUGUUACUGUGACAGGGAUAGUGAGAGUUAGCAAUGAUGGUCCAGGCAGUUCUAGAGGAAAUAAGGAUCAGUGUAUGUUCCUCCUCUACAUUGAAGCUACUUCUGUCAGCAAUACAAAAGGCAAGCAGUCCAAGAUGGGAGGUCAAGGUUCAAGCGGGACAGUUGAAGAUCGCUGUGGUGGGGAAGAGUUCAGUCUGAAGGAACUGUAUGCUAUUCAGGAGAUCCAGUCACAGCCUGACUUGCUGCGACUUAUAGUGCACUCUUUGUGUCCUGUCAUCUACGGCCAUCUGCUGGUGAAAGCUGCCCUUGCUUUGGUUUUGUUUGGAGGCAGACAGAAACAAACAGGCAAGAAUAGCAUUCCAGUGAGAGCAGACCCCCACAUCCUAAUAGUGGGAGACCCCGGACUGGGAAAGAGUCAGAUGUUACAGGCAGUGUGUAACGUGGCUCCCAGGGGUAUCUAUGUUUGUGGCAACAGUACCAGCACCACAGGACUCACAGUAAGUUUAUCUCGAGAUGCAGGAACAGGGGAUUAUGCUCUGGAGGCCGGUGCUUUGGUUUUGGCAGACCAAGGUCUUUGCUGCAUUGAUGAGUUUGACAAGAUGGGCAACCAGCAGCAGGCUCUGCUAGAAGCAAUGGAACAACAAUCUGUGAGUCUGGCCAAGGCUGGUAUAGUUUCCUCUCUGCCUGCUAGAACCUCAGUUGUGGCUGCUGCAAACCCAGUUGGAGGACAUUACAACAGAGGCAAAACAGUCUCUGAAAAUCUGAAAAUGGGAUCAGCUCUCCUCUCUCGUUUUGAUGUUGUCUUCCUGCUCCUGGACAUCCCAGACGAGUCACAUGACCGCCAGCUGUCGGAGCAUGUCAUGGCGAAUAGGUCCGGGAGAGGCAGAACCAGCAGUGCCACAGUUACCAGAAAUAACACUGAAUUACAGACCUCAAUCCUAUUAGAGCACUCUGACAUGCCACUGUCCGAACGUUUGCAGAUCCCUGCAGGUGAAAGUAUAGACCCCAUUCCAACGUGCCUUUUAAGAAAGUAUAUCAGCUACGCUCGUCAGUAUGUCCGUCCCAAACUCUCUCCUGAAGCAGCACAAACCCUUCAGGAGUUCUACCUGUCACUGAGAGCUCAGGCAAACCCUACUGAUGCCACACCAAUCACCACACGACAGCUGGAGUCUUUAAUUAGACUAACUGAGGCAAGAGUCAAGUUGGAGCUGAGAGAAACAGCCACUAAGAGUGAUGCUGAGGAUGUUGUUGAGAUCAUGAAACACAGUCUGGCCAACACGUAUUCAGAUGGUCUCGGCAAUCUGGACUUUGAGCGCUCUCAGCUCGGGUCUGGUAUGAGUCAGCGCAGUGCUGCAAAACGACUGGUCAAUGCACUGCACCAGCACGCUCAGAGGACCGGUCAGAAGCAGUUCGACGUACAGAUGCUUCGAUCCAUUGCCGACAGAGUGAACGUUAAGGUGAUGGAUUUCGAAGGCCUCUUGAGUUCCCUGAAUGAACAAGGUUUUCUGCUGAAGAAAGGGCCCAAGCUGUACCAACUGCAAACAAUCUAACUUCUUACAGCUUUCACAGGCUCAAACCUGCAGACUUUAUCAAAAGGUCGAUCAUUGGACCGUGUUCUGUAAAAAGCAAAAGAAAUGGAGACUGCAGUUUGACCAUUAGAAGAGAUAGAAAAAAACUACGAACAACAAAAACAAGGCUGGAAAAAAAAAAAGGAAAUACUGAAACUUGAUCUUUACCGCUACCACAGCUUCUUGUAAAGACAAUAUCCCACUAACCAGAGAAAUGUUAGACUUGAGAUUGAUAUAUUGUCUUAACAUUUCAUUCAUAAUCCAGAUAAAGAUAGAUUUUGAGAACCGGGCAACCCUUAGUUUAAGCAAAGUUGCAAAUUUUGCCUUUAAGUUACACAACUUUGUCUAAACUGAAUAUGAAAGAAAACUGAUUACUUACCAUUUUUUUUCUACAAAUACUUAAAGAAUACUUCAGAAGAAUGAACAUAAUAUGUAUAUGAUGUUUAUGUAAGCUUGUCUGUGGUUAUAUUUUAGAGAAGGCACUAAUAUAACCCUGUCAACCCAUAAUAGUGUCAUAAUAAGCUGCCCUUGUAUUAUAAAAUUUCUUAUUUUUCUGAAAGACUGACUUCAGUAUUGGGUGUCCUGUUGGAUGUAUAGUAUUUGCUUUUCAUUUUUGUCUUAAACAUACGUUCAUGGUUACGUUCUGUCUCUCUGGUGUGCACUUUAUUAAAUGAUGUGG